AUGGCUCCCACACGAGGAUUCGACUUCACUGGAGAUGUGGCAAUUGUCACUGGCGCUGGCUCUCGAAUGGAUGGCGAAAUUGGUAAUGGACGAGCCGCCGCUAUUCUUCUUGCCCGCCAUGGUGCCAAGGUUGCCCUUGUCGACUUCAACGUGGACUGGGCAAAAGAGACUAAGCGCAUGAUUGAUGAGGAGGGUGGAAUUUCAGAAGUCAUCCAGGCAGAUGUAACGAAAGAAGAGUCAUGCAAAAAUGCCGUCGACAAGACGGUAGAGCUGUGGGGAGCGCUUCAUAUCCUUGUCAAUAUUGUUGGCGUUGGCGGUGCAAUUGGUGACGCGACAAACAUUAACCUGGACGCUUGGGAGAGAGACUUCCGUAUUAACGUCACUAGCAUGGUCAUGAUGAGUCGCCACGCUAUUCCCGAGAUGAGGAAGCAAGGUCGCGGUUCCAUCAUCAACAUGUCCUCUGUUAGCGGAUUGCUUGGUGGAAACCCCAGCUUGCUAUACCCCACAACCAAGGGAGCAAUUAUCCAAAUGACCCGUGCCAUGGCUGCUCACCACGGCCAAGAGAACAUCCGUGUGAACUGCGUUGCGCCUGGCAUGGUUUUCACUCCCAUGACAAGAGGACGAGGCAUGACAGACGAGAUGCGACAAGCGAGAAUUAACCAGAACCUUAUGAAGAAGGAGGGCACUGGUUGGGAUGUCGGAUAUGCUAUCCUGUUUCUUGCCAGCAAGGAAGCAGGCUGGAUAACUGGCCUCAUCAUGCCAGUUGAUGGAGGAACCACCGCUGGAAAGGCAGACAGACCUGCGCUAAAGGCCGACAACUUGGCAGCAGAGAAUACUGGUAUUACAAAUUGA